AGUUUCAGAAGCAGGCUUGUUGCCAUGGAGUCCACAAUGCCACUGGAGUAGACUAGUAAAAGGUAACCACUAAAGAUCCUGUCCAUAGAUAGGCUGUGGUUCUUCUUCUGGAAAAGCCUGACUGGUAGGAUUCCUUUAAGGGCUCAGCCCCAAAGUGUUUUAUGUCAUCACUUCAGCUACUUCAAAACUGAAGCUACAGGAGACCUCUGAAAGAGAACCUACUGGGCUCAAAGGCUUCCCACCAAUGGCCAAUCCUAGAGGUACUACUGUUAUUAAUGGGACUUUCCACAGCCCCAAGACUCAGCACAGCAAAUGGCAAAGCACUGACGGUGUGAAAAAUGGAAUCCCAAAAGAAGCCCAGCAAAAUAGGAAGCCACGUUUUUCUGAUAAGCCCAUCUUUGAGUCCUACCCAGAACCACCACUUUAUGUCUUGGUUUUGACUUACAUGGGAUAUGGAAUUGGAACCUUAUUUGGCUAUCUCAGAGACUUUAUGAGAAGCUGGGGAAUAGAAAAAUGCAACGCAGCUGUAGAGCGAGAAGAACAAAAAGAUUUUGUGCCAUUGUAUCAGGACUUUGAGAAUUUUUAUAAAAGGAACCUUUACAUGAGAAUCAGAGACAGCUGGAAUCAGACGGUUUGCAGUGUCCCAGGGCCCCACAUUGACAUAAUGGAGAAAGUGUCUGAUGAUUAUAACUGGACAUUCAGACACACUGGAAAAGUUAUUAAAGAUGUUAUCAACAUGGGCUCCUACAACUAUCUUGGGCUUGCAGUCAAAUACGAUGAGUCAAUGAAGACGGUAAAGGAUACUUUAGAAAAGUAUGGUGUAGGUGUAGCCAGCACCAGACAUGAAAUGGGUACCUUGGAUAAGCACAAGGAACUGGAGGAGCUCAUGGCUAAGUUCUUGAAUGUGGAAGCAGUGAUGACCUUUGGGAUGGGAUUUGCAACCAACGCAAUGAAUAUCCCUAUACUUGUUGGAAAGGGAUGCCUCAUUUUAAGUGAUGAGUUAAACCACACGUCUAUCAUCCUGGGGGCUCGACUCUCAGGUGCAACCAUAAGACCCUUCAAACACAACAACGUACAGAGCCUAGAGAAGCUCCUGAGAGAAUCCAUCAUCAAUGGCCAGCCUCGCACAGGCCGAGCAUGGAAGAAGAUCCUCAUCCUCGUAGAGGGCAUUUACAGCAUGGAAGGUUCCAUUGUGAAUCUGCCUCAGAUUGUGGCUCUAAAGAAGAAAUACAAGGCUUACCUCUACAUCGAUGAAGCUCACAGUAUUGGUGCUACGGGCCCCAAUGGCCAAGGUGUCAGAGACUUCUUUGGACUGGCCCCUGAAGAUGUGGACGUAUACAUGGGGACAUUCACCAAAAGCUUUGCGGCCUCGGGAGGCUAUAUAGCUGGGAAAAAGGAACUUGUGGAUUAUGUUCGGGUUCACUCGCAUAGCGCUACCUACGCGACAUCCAUGAGUCCCGUCAUAGCAGAGCAAAUCAUCAGAUCCUUGAAGAUUAUUAUGGGAGAAGAUGAGAAGCACGGAGGUCUGCAGAGAAUACAGCAACUUACAAGAAACAUAAAAUACUUCCGACAGCGGCUCAUAGAGAUGGGAUUCAUCAUCUACGGCAAUGACCACUCUCCCAUCAUCCCUGUGCUCCUGUACAUGCCUGCUAAAGUAUCUGCUUUUGGAAGACAUUUGCUUAAGAAAAAAAUCGGGGUGGUGGUUGUUGGCUUUCCAGCCACUGCCCUGGCAGAAGGUCGGGCACGGUUCUGCCUUUCGUCAGCACAUACUCGGGAGAUGUUAGAUAAAGUUUUAGAAGUCGUUGAUAAACUCGGCGACCUCCUGAAUGUGAAGUAUUUCCCAUACAAGAAGUCUGGUCACCCUGCCCUCUACAAUGAGAAGAGUUUUGACAAAGAAGCAAGCUUUGAUGAGAUGAGCAUUGAGCCUGAAGCCUAAGUUUCCCGGCUCUGAGUGGGAUGAAAAGACUGCCAGAAGACUUCCUUCCCCCUUUGUCUCACAAGUAGCAUGACUGCAUUUUACCUCUUCUUCAGGGUGGUUUUAUUUUCCAAUGCAGCUUAAUCGAGUGAGGGAAAUAGUCAUUUCUUUAAUGUCUCUAACCCACUGCAACACAAUCAAAAACAUAUAAUUCUAGAUUUACAUUUUCCCUCUCGUCUGCCAGAAACACGUAAAGCAUGCUUUUCUUAGAGUGUGCUUUCAUGGCAAGGAGCCUGUGUUUUAGCUGCUACUCUCCAGCUUUUGAGUCAUAUUCCCACAAGGGCUCCAACUAAAUGAAAGGAUUUUGAUUUUUACCUGGGUAAUCUCACUGUGUGUUCAGGUAUUCCAUCUGCACACAUGAGAAAGAGUGACAGUGAGGAGCUGAGUCUCUUGUUCCACCCAUAACAGUACCAGGAACAGUCCCUACAUGUCGUGGGAAGAUCCAGGAAGGACAGAAGGCAAUGCUGCAUCUACUCUUUGCCACAUUUCGACUUUAUCCAAAGACAGGUAUCAAAAGACAUAAUUAAUGCUUGCGAGAAAAUGCAAAGUGGUCCAGUAGUGACCAGAGAUGUCUUUGAAGUGAACCUGCUUUUGCCUGCUGGUGCUCUCGUACAAUUUUGCUGUUAAGCUUUUGAGGACUGGGAAGUUCGUGACUCGUUUUCUAAAGAGGAAGAAGGAAAGCAAGCACAAGUCAGCGUUGAACCUAGACUAACACUGUAAAAUUCAAACAACCCAAAUGAUGCUGGAUGUUGGUGCCAUGAAGAAUGAGUUUAGCUUGUUUGGCUUUAAUAACUUCCUAUUUUUCUAUCGAAUUCUGAGUACCUAGUGAAAUUCGAUUCCCUUUAAAAACUCAUUUCCAAAUGGACUGGUUAAACAAAGUAUUCAAAAGCGAGUUUUCUCUGUCUCUUUCAAGGCUGUGUAUCUGUAGAUACAGGUUCAGGAGAUAAUAUCCCCUAUGGCACGUUUAUUCAGGUUUGCUGAGAAGUGGUAUCUCAUACUUCGGUGCACCUCUGGUUCUUCCCCCACCCCAUACACACAAAACGGUAUGAGCAUCUCUGAAAAAUUAGUCCUCUGCUAAUUGGUUCUAGUUGGUAUGGAAAAAGCCAGUGGAAAACCUUAUCUUUAACAAGCUCCCAGAUGGUGCCCAGACUUGGAAACUCCAAAGCGCAGAGUUGACCUUUUAGCCAAGCUUCUGUAGCAGUUCGAAUGAGUUACAGAACAUUCCACUCCAUCAAAUGACACUGUAAACAAAUCACUUCAAAAGAGCUUUGGCUCUGUGUGACACAGAUGGGCCCAAGCUUUCAUGCUGUGCAUGGAGACAGAAAUUCAACCUGCAACACCAAUGCUGGUUGGGGCAACAAUGAUGCUUAAAGAUCGUUCAAAAACAAAAUGAUACUCAUGCAAAGCUUUUUAAAAAGUAUAGCCCCCCCCCGGUGGAUUAUAAGAGUUUGUUUGUCUUUUUUUUUUUUUAAGUGAAUCUCUUGAGGCUGGAAAGAUGACUCAGCAGCUGAGAGCACUUAUUGCUCUUCCAGAGACAACCUGAGUUCAGUUCUCAGCACCCAGGUUGUAUUGUUCACAAUCACCUGUAACUCCAGCUCUGGGGCAGCUAAUGCCUGUGGCUUCUAUGGGCACCAUGACUCAUGUGGGCAUAUCCGCACUCAGACCCACACACAUACACAUGGUUAAAAUAUAAUAAAAAUAAAUCAUUUUAAAAAGUGGUUCCCAGUUAUAAAGUGCCUCAUAACUGCUGAAAAGCUGAAGGAACGCUGUGGUAGAGGAGGAAAAUAGGUACUAUGUGCACAGCUGCUUGUCAAAGACUGACCUGAUGAGCAGAUCUCAGUCCUUCCGAGUGAACUGGCGCAGCAUCACCUCUGCAGAGAAAACAAAUGUCGCAGAGAUGCAUGAAGCAAGGACAAUAUAUCUAGGUCUUUUCUUUUCAGUAUGGGCAUUCGAUGAAGUUGUUUCUUAUAGAUCAUCUAAAUAAAAUGCAGAGUACCGGAGUUCAAAACAGGGAAAAGGGCGGUAAAGAGGACAGAGAGAGAUCUAUGCCUGCAUCCUCACCGUGAGCAUCCCCCUUCUUCUCUAGGUCUGUCUGUUAUCAUCACCUCCAGUGUCACACCUGCACUAAGAUUUUAAACCACCAGAGGGACAGGUAUCUUCCCGAGUAAGGGCGUUCAUGCUUAGUAUUUGCUUGGAGGAACCUGUGUUUCAGUUAAUCAUGGAGAAGUUACUUUACUGCCCGGUAUACAGAGCGAGAAGGAGGUUCUUCCCUUUUCAUUAAGAUCUGAGGGUCCUGUAGCAACUUGUGACCUUUCCAUACGCAUAUGAAAAGACUUACUUUUUGUCAGAGUCUACAGUGAAUAUACACUUAGGAAAAGAACUCUAAUUCCAGUGGAAUGCUUCCUGAGUGAGGAGAGACCCUGACUCCAUUGUGUAGCAAUAUGAGUAUAUAUCAUAUAGAAAGUUGUAAAUUGUAAGAACUAUUGAUUUUUAUAAGGUUAAUUAAGACUGAUUUCAAUACAGUAGUAACCACUGCGUUUUAUUAAUCAGAGUUUGGGUCUGUUAGGAUCAAGGACUCUCUGAAUUAUAGUGUUUUACAUCCCAACUACCUUAUGUGUAUGUACCCAUAUACACACAUACAUGGACAUGGACAUUUUUACUUUUUUUUUUUUGAAAAGGAAGAAGAGAAUCAACAGAUAGAUGAAUAUCUGACCGAAUGACAGAGAGACAGAUGUUCUAGAAAUCAGCUUUUGGAGAAACAGAAGCUGAAGGUUCCAGGCUGAUGAAAAGAAGACAGUUUUGUAUAAUGAAGGAAUGACAAACUUAUCAUGGCACGACCCUGUCACAGAAACUUAGCUUUACUGCCUUUAGACAUAUUUUGGUUUGACAGAAACCAUCUCCUUCAGAAAUGAUUAGGAAACCAGUUAACAUGACAAACAAUGUGGGUCACACCAGACCACCACUGAGUCUGAUCACGGCGGUUCCCAGGACACUACAUUUUAGGAAGCCUCGCCAGGUAAUUCCAACAUAUGCCAGAAUUUGUAAAGCAUGAUUAGAGCUUUCAGUAGACCAGUUGCCUCCUGGAACACAGCAGGGGACUUUUCUGAUUCUUUGUUGGUGUCUAAGGGCGUUUAUACUAGUAAACUGAGAUGAAGUUACUUGGUGCUUCUUUCCUCCUCAGUGGGCCAUUUUCUAAGGAAUAUCUGUCUCUAUGAAAAACAGACCCAAUUGAAAAGGUCUUCACAAGAUGCCCCCCCUUUUUUUUUCUUUUAAUAUUCUCCUCCUUUCUCUCCAUACUUUUUUAAUGCUAACUGAAAAUUUAAAUUAACCCCAGUUAAAUCCUCAAAUAAUUCCAUAAAAUGACAAAAAGUUAUGACAGCAAAAUCAAAACUUCACUGACAAUAUCUGCAAACAAUAGAUGACGAUAUACUCUUAACUUCUAAAAUGCAAGGGGGUAAAUCUCAUGGAAUUUUUGAGACCUGCAUGGCUACCAGGCUUUAUGCAAGAUGACUAGGGCUUCCAUACUUUUAAAAAGUUCAACUUCUGACUAUCACAGCUCUGCAGUAGAGUGUUAUUCUUGCCAGCUCCUCAGAUAUACAAUGUUCCUCUGCAUCUUCUCUCACAAGUAACAGAUAUAUAAAAUUCUAACUCUUAUUCUAAAAUCUAAGUUCUGAUGAAUACUUGAACUAUCUUAAAUACAUUCUUUUAUUUAUGACAGUCCUAAUUUCGAAGAUAGUGACAGAGUAUUUGUGUUCUAUUCUCUUCCAACACUAUACCCUGCUGCACAGGGUUUUGUAAAUCAGAGAGAGUAUUUCCUGCUUUGGAGAGAGAGCGCGUCAGGAAUGUAUUUCCCUAGCAAGCAUGAAGAUCUAGCUGAACUUGACCCCCAACGCUUAUGUAAAAAGCCAAGCCCGGUGAUAUAAGCUGUAAUCCUAGCUCUCGGAAGGCAGAAACAGGUAUAUUCCUCAGACUUGCUAGCCAACCCACCUAGCCUUAUUACUCCAGGUCAUAAUGAGAGACCCUCUCUCUGAAAAUAAAGUGGAUGGUUUCUGAGGAACAGCACUCAAGGCUGGCAUUUGGCCUACACACACACAUAACACAUACAUACAUACACACACACACACACACACAAGAGGGGACUGUUUUUAGGCAAUUGCUGUAGUAUAUUACUUUAUGACAUUGUGAAAUACAGCAUAUAGGAUGUGAAUAUGUUUAUGUUUCAUUGAAACAUUUGAGAUGACCUGACCAGUUUACUGUAAAAUAUUACUUUAAUAAGCAAAUCACUAAAAUUGAUACAAUAAAACUCAUAAAUGGUU